UCUAUCUAUCUUAAUUUAUCUUAUUAGUCUACGUUAAAAAUAUUUUUCUCUUUUUUGUCUUCCUCCCCCCCUUCUUUUUCUAUUUCUAUUUCUUCUUCUUCUUCUUCUUUUUCUUCUUCGUCCUCCUUAUCUUCUACUUCCAACGUAGGAUAAAAAUCUUGAAGGCGAAGAUCGAAAGAAGUCCGUCGUCAUGGCGCAUCGAAGCGAAUCCUUCAAAGCACUCUGUCUAUUGUGGUGUGUCUUGGGCAACGUGUUCAGUGUUCCUACUCCAACCACAUCGCCCUUAAAAGUGGAAGAUCACAGGUAUACGACACGUAGGAUACCGAAGACUAUAGUCGAUUUGCCAACUCAAAGAACCAGAUUGCCAAUUGCGUUGACCCCAAUGAAUUUGGAGACAAAGACGUCGACUACGUCGAUACCGAUGACGACACACCACAGAUCCAUAUCCGGAGAGAAUCCGAUUUAUCGUCUGAACGGAGCUAAUGGACAAGCUUGCAUCCUUCUGCAAACAGACGCUGUUAUAGCAAUAAAAUAUCGCACCGUUCUAGGCGAAGAUCGAGUGGCAGAUUUAUUUGUGCCCGACGAUGCAAUGGUCACAGGAAAUUGCGACAAUGAAAAUACGGUAACGAUGUCCUUGAAGUGGAACGCUUUUAUGCUCCUAUGGAGCUUCGCCAAGACGCCCGGCGGCGAACGAUGGUACGUUGAGAAAAUCGAAUUGACCUACAAUUCGAGCGACCGACAUUUCGAGCUAGUAGAUCAGCCAAAUAAAACUGUUCGCGUGAGUACCGGCUCGAAGCACAGUGCCAUGCUUUUUCCAACACCCGUUGGAAAGUCUUAUGCUUGUGACAAUGAAACGGAAAUUCAUUUAACCGAUGGCAAACAUACCGCCACCGUUAUCCUCAGAAAUAUGAAGCUUCAACCGUUCAAAUUUAAGAACAACGAAUUUGCCGCUGAGUUUUCUUGUGCAGCGUUAAGUGCACGAGCAAACGGAGACGAGACUGCACCGGUCGCGGUUGGUUCCACUUUGGCUGCUGCCGUCCUAUUAACUAUCACCGGUUAUGCGGCCUAUCGAUAUUUCAAAGUGAAGAAGGUCAAGUACGAUACGAUGGAGUAAAGUACUUUGCUCUUGCGAUCAAGGACACUGUCACGACGACAUGCCAAAGAGAUUACGAAUAAGAGACAGCGAGAUAAAAGGGAGUAAGAAAAUCUAUGAAAAAAGAAAAGAAAAGAAAAGAAACGAAAAGAUGCUCCUUUAGCCAAACUAAUGUCGACAGAAAAAAUCCUUCGCUAUUUUUAUUCGUUUAUUUUUGUUUUUGUUUCUUUUUUCUUUUUGUUAUUUUUAAAGAAUUCCAAAAAAAAAAAAAAAAAAACGAAAGAAGCUGUAAAAAUUUUAAUCGGACAUAUUAAGAUUCGUACUGGUAAUUAUGAAAGUGGUCAAAGUUCGAUCAUUAUUGUUACCGAACAUUUUAUUUAUUUAUUUAUUCAUUUAAUUUUUCUUUUAUAUCGUU